GCUGGGGGGGAUUUCCCGAACUUUACUCCUCGUCACUUCCUUGUGGGAGCGCGAUGGCGGCUGUGGCGGUGAGCAGCAUGAAAACCUCCAGCUACAACCCGACCCCCUCGCGGAGCCCCAGCCCCCAGACCAAGGUGGCCGUGGGGGACAUCGAGUACUCCAAACGGAGACGUCUCAAGGACCUUCUUGACCCGAAACACCACUGGGAAGACGUUGCUGGUAGACUGGAUUACUCCCAAGAUGAGAUCAGUUCCUUCGAGCUGGACUACAGAAGACCUGACGGCAGCCCUACCAUGCGACUUUUGGAUCAUCUGGGACAGAAAAACGUCUCCGUCAACAAACUCUUCGUCGUCAUGUGCGAGUGUGAGCUCAACAGGGCCGCCGAAGUUCUCAAGCCACUUGUGGAUUCCAAGUACCAUGGAUACUUGAGGAAUGAGGAAGACCCCCCAGUACCCAACAUACAGCCUGAUGAGAACAUCGGCAAACUUUCAGACAACUUUGGGGCCAUGAGAAUUGAGAAUCAAGGAACAAGUCCUUCCAUGGACUCCCUGCCCCUUCCCCCUCCCCCACCCAUGCUCUCUGGCCCUGCCCCUCCCCCCAACCACAGGGUUUGCCAACCGCAUCAGGAGCCUCGGGGCAGAGAGGAUGAUGGUAUUCAAGGUCAGCCCAAGGAGACAUGGGAAGAGGCACAAGAAAGACUGAGAGAUGUGGACAAAGGCUUCACCCUGGCAAAGAUGCCUCACUUCUUCUACAAGGACUUGGAAGAAGGCACAAAAGGCUUUUCUCCAGCCAACCUCCUUGGAGAGGGGACGUUCGGCAGGGUCUUCCGUGCCAACGUCUUCAAGACUAUCUUUGCUGUCAAGUGCCUCCGACAGAAUGACCAGGACAUCACCCAGGAGCGGAAGGGUAGGAAGUUCCAGUUUAACGAGCUGGCCAAGCUGAUGCAGUUCCGCCAUCCUAACUUACUCCCCCUCCACGGGUAUUCACUGGACGGACUGGUCCCCUGCCUGGUGACAGAGUACAUGCUCAAUGGGUCACUGGAGGACAGGCUACAGUGCAAGGACAGAACAGCUGGGCUGAAGUGGGAACUGAGAAUGAACAUCACUAAGGGCGUGGCCAGAGGACUACAGUUUCUACACACUGUCAAGGACCCACCCCUCAUACAUGGGGAUGUUAAGAGCUCCAACAUCCUGCUUGACAGGCAUUACGAGGCAAAGAUUGGUGACUUCGGUCUAGCCCGCGACGGCCCGUCGGGAGAUCUGAAGAGCUACACGAUCAUGAAGACGGACAGUAAGAUCAUGGGAACCACAGCGUACAUGGCGCCGGAGUACUGCAGGAACAGGGUGCUGUCACGGGAGGUGGACACGUAUGCUUUCGGGGUGGUGGUGUUUGAAGUAUUGACUGGACAGAUGGCAUUUGAUCAAACCAGAGGACGGAACAGAGUGCUGACUGAUCUAGUGCAAGAGCACAUGGAUACCAACGACCCUGACAUGACCUGGAAGCUUGUUGACAAGAAAACAGGGAAGACACCCUGGCCGCGGGACACAGCCCUGGGUCUGUUUGAGAUCGGUCGCCAGUGUACCCUGCACAAGAGGAAACAAAGACCCAAGAUGCCCGAUGUGCUAAGUCGUCUGGAGAAGAUGGAGGUGAAGAGACAGCUGAGUAAUCAGGGAGCCAGCCUCAUGUCUUCAUUAUCAUCCUCACCAGAUCUUCCACAAAGAACACAGUCGCAGCCACAGGAGAGUGAAUCUCCCAGUCUGUCCAGUGGGUCUCCGAUUGUCGGACCCUCGCCAUGCCCGCCGCCUCGGUCCUCGUCACACCAGCCUAUCGAAUCCGACGAGCUGGUGUGGAACAAGGAAGACAACAAGACGGCAUUUGGAAACCAAAUUGGAGGCCAACUCCCAGUGGUGAGACCAAGUAACAGCUACCCAUCCCAGAGUACCAUCAGCACUGAUCUGGAGUCAAACGGUGUGGUCAGUCACCAGCAAAAUGUGGAAAAUCUAGCCAGCCCACCCGACACCAACAAGGAAGAGAACAGGGGUGGUCUUCCCCCUUCAUUAUCCAAACAAGAUACUUCCUGUACAGUUAUAACCGGUAAAGAGCAGACAAAGGAUGACAAGCAAGACAAAGUUUCACUGAUGACAGAGGACCGCCCACCAAACAGGCGCGUUGAGGCAUGGAUGCCUGACAGCAUCAUCAGGAACACAGAUGGGGAGGGGGGCAAGUCUGCUGCUGAGAAAAAGUUUCCACCCAAGGAAUCAAAACUCAACAACAUGUCCCCUCCAUCGAGACAUCAUGGAGGAAGGAAGAUGAGUCCUUGUGAGUCUGAUGACUGCUCCUCGAUGGCCCAACCAAGACAGUCCCCUGUCGAGUUUCACGCAAAGGCGGAUGUGGAUAACAUGGUGAAACCGCAGGCUAACCAACCAGCCAACAUUACUGAAGACAGCACCCUGGUCUCUCCAUCAGAACAGCCUGCUAGAAUCCUCCCAAACAAGGCAGAACUGCAGUCCACAGGAAAGGAUGGCGGUUUGAUGUCAUCAGGAGUGGCAGGUAGUCCAACUAAUGAGCUCCUCAGGCAACACCUCCCGCCUACAUACCCACCUGGAUAUGGUCCACUAGACAACACAACACCACGCUAUCCACCUGUUCCUUACCCUGGGGGGCAGUGGGGAUAUCCACAUCAUCACAACAUGGCCGCAGCCGAGGCUGACAUGUCCCCUGUACCUCAGAACGGUCACCCAGUGGAGACUGCAGCUUUCUAUACACCACAUGGCCUUUACCCAGUAACUCAUGGGCCACAUAUGGGUCAGCCAUCACCAGUGAUGGGCCAAGCAGAAGUGCCAUACUUGCCAUCCAACUACAUGCCAUACGGCCCCCAUGCGUUCCUUCCUCAAUAUCCACCACCCCAACCACCAUACGACUUUCCACAGUCACAGCAACAAAAUGUUGACCCACAAUAUUAUGUCCCUGAACCUCAGGGAAUGUAUCAAGGUCUUCCACCCUCAAGAUUCCACCACUAUCCCUCUACAGCAGACUCUAGUUGUUCUAACCAGCAGUCUACAGCAUCCUCCUCCUCCUCUCAGAGUACCGCCCCCCAGUCUUCCGUUUCCCGCGAGGGUUCCUCCGGAUGUACGACCUUCACCGACACCAGCAGCGGUCUGUCCAGCCAGACAACAGGAGGGUCCAACUCCGGGCUGUCCGGCCAUGACACUAGCUCCAUGUCGCUUCCCGAAGUCUCAUCCAGUGACAGUCUCAGUCUUCCACUGUCUGACAAACGCAACAUCCAAUUCUCUCCAAACGCCGCUCGUGACAGGUUGAUACAAGACAUGGAGGCGUACGAUGAGGGCAGAAUUGACUCCAAACAGUGCUUUGGGAAUGUUUUGUCACCAAAUGAGUCUCAAGAUAGGCUGAUGGAACAGAUGGAGGCCAACAUCGAGGGUAGAAUUGACUCUGAACAGUGUUUUCGGAACAUGCCAUCAGACAAUGACUCCCUGGGUAAACUGUCACUAGAACAGCCUGAGUCUGCCAGCAGCAGGGAGCCUACAGAGGACAGUGAUGACAGCUCCCCAUGCUGAGCACUCACUCAGAAGGUCAAAUGAACAUUGAAGCUUUUUAAAUUAAAAUUUAGAAUUUAAUCUGUGGUUACUUGUGCCUAUAGAAACUUGAAUAUCAUGUAUAAAAUGCAUAUUUUGUGAUGUAAAA